GGUAGUUUCCACUGCAGUGUGAAGAGAGCACAUUCUCAGUUUCACUCAGAGUCACUGCUUCAGUUUGGAAGUGAAAGCUCCUCAAAGCUGCUUUUACAGUUUGUGAUCACCACAAUAUCCACUAUGCGACCUUCAGGGAUGAUGAUGCACUCAGUGGUUUUAGCACUUAGCGGAUGGAUCUUGAACCUGGCCAGUACAAUCUCGCCCAACUGGCGCACUCUCCAUAACGUCACUGGAGAGCAACCUGAUGUGGUGCUACAACAGGGGAUAUGGGACAUUUGCUGGAACAUCAUGAAAAAUGGACAGAAGGAUAUGCUUUGCAGCCAACAGAACCAAAACUAUUUCAACAGCCAGAUCAUUAUAACUGCCCAGUGGAUGAUGGUGGUAUCACUGGGUGCCAGCAUAGUGGGCCUUGUUGUGGUUAUUGGAGCCCACAUCUGGAUGAAAAGACUGAGAUGGCUGGUGGCUGGUCUUGGAGGAUUCAUCAUUUCAUGUUCAGGAGCUGCUGCCAUUGUCCCCGCUGCAUGGUACGCUUACUUACUGAAUGAUAUUCCAUCUCCAGGUGCAAGCAUUCGUCUGGGACACUGCAUAGUCCUGGGAUGCAUUGGGGGUUUUAUGGAAGUCCUGAGUGGAUUUAUCGUAUUUGUUGGAUUCUGCCAAAGCUAUUGUUGGCAAGGAGAUAAUGGUGAAGAUACUACUCCAGAGUCCAUAUAUAAACCCAACUGCAGGAGGAUAUCCAGAGAGGGCAGAAUUCCAUAUGUUAGACAUUCCCAGAGGGAUGUUGACAAUGUUUUGCAAAAAGAGAGAGAUUUAUUAAUUAUCUUUCAUUGAUCAAUCAUUAUUAAUAAUUCUGUUUGUAAAUGGAUUCUCGUCUUUUAAUAAUAGAUUUAAUUAUUAUUUCUUUAUCGUAAAAGUAUAGAAUUUCUGUGAGGGGAAUGGUAUACUGAAGACUGUUGUAAAUUAUUCUUUGAGUGAUGUCGUAGAAGAAUCAUCUUUGGUGACGUGUGAAGAACCUUUUAAAGGUUUACAGAAAGCAGAGUAAACGGAAGGUUCUUCACAUUUUUCACACUUCAUCUCUUUAACAAAAAUAGGCUUAUUAUAACCUAAAAUGUGGCGUGGCUUGAUGUCAGUUCUUAAACACCUUGGGUUUUUAUUCUUGGGAAUCAAUAAACUGUAUCUGUUGA